AGCGCUUCCCAAGAUCUUUGGGGAGAAGAGCCGACAUGAAGACGACGACCUCGCUGCUGCUGUUGCUGUUCCUAUGCGUGAGCGGCGCCGCCUCUCAGGGAAACCUGGACUAUGAUGAAUAUGACACGGACACAAAGAGCUCACCAAGUACCACAACAGGGACAACAAACCAAACGGGCCCGGGAGCUCGGGGGCACCGUCCACUCACUCAAGGCCGGGACUCCUACAACCCCAACCGCUAUUCUCCGCGCCCUGUUGGUGGUGCCAGCAGGUACGGAGGACGACCCACCACUGCACCUCCCAGCGGACACAAAGUGGAAGAGAAGAAGGUGCACCCGGAAGCAGGAGGAUGCUCAUACGGCUUUGAGGAAAUGGGCGUCCUUUGUCCAAAUGGCUGCGAGCUGAAGAUGGCGCUGCUCAAGCAGGAGAAGAGCGUCAUGACGAGCAUCAGCCAGAUGAAGCCUCAAGUAGAGCAACUGUUGCACUCGUCCAACACCAUCUUCAGCUAUACCACUGCCAUGUCGUCCUCACUAGCGGCGCGCCAACGAAUCAUCACAGACAACGGGAGGGUGGUGAGUGAGUUCUCGGGGCAGGUGGAGGACCAGCAUGCCUUCAUCAAGGAGACUGUGGACACUGUCUUCCCCUCCACCAUUCGAGUCCUGCAGGGUGUUGUGGACAAGAUACGCCAGAAGAUCCAGAAGCUGGAGAAGGCCAUCCAGACCCAGAGGGAGGAGUGCAAAGAGCCGUGCCAGACCACUUGUCCCAUUCCAGUGGUGAAAGGAAAGGACUGUGAAGACAUCUACCGCCGUGGAGGAAAAGAGUCUCAGAUGUACCUGAUCCAACCCGACGCCUUCUUUCCACCAUACAAGGUCUUCUGUGACCAGACAACCCAGAAUGGAGGAUGGCUCCUCAUCCAGAACAGACUGGAUGGCAGUGUUGACUUUGGCCGACGUUGGGACGAGUAUCGACGUGGUUUCGGAAACAUUGCAUUCAACGUGGGCAAAGGUUAUUGUGAGAGCCCAGGCGAAUUUUGGCUGGGCAACGACCGCAUCAGUCAGCUGACAAAGAUGGGCCCAACUGAGCUCCUCAUCGAGAUGCAGGACUGGACAGGUGCCAAGGUCCACGCCCAGUACCACCAGUUCACCAUGCAGUCUGAGUCGUCCAACUACGUGCUGGCGGUGGACUCUUACUCCGGCAAUGCCGGCAACUGUCUGCUGGAUGGAGCUCUGGAGCUGUUUGGGGAAAACCGCACAAUGACCAGGCACCACGGCGCCAUGUUCAGCACCUACGACAGAGACAACGACAACUGGAACCCUGGCGACCCCUCCAAGCAGUGCUCCAAAGAGGACGGAGGCGGCUGGUGGUACAACCGUUGCCAUUCGGCUAAUCCCAAUGGCCGAUACUACAUGGGCGGUGCCUACACUCGACAGAUGUCCAAACACGGCACAGACGACGGCGUGGUUUGGAUGAACUGGAAGGGCAGCUGGUAUUCGCUCAAAACCAUCAGCAUGAAGAUCCGCCCUUUCUUCGCCCCAUUGUGACCGCCGUCAUCAUCAACAAAGACUAAGAUGUGAAGGCGUCACACAAAAGAAAAAAAUAUUUGAUGUGAAUAAAAGCCACGUUGACUUGUCAA